AACGUAGGAAUCAGUCGCGGUUUAUCAGCCAAGCCGGUAAAGUGUUAACUGAGAAAACGAAAAAUUAGUACAGGUGGUGGAAAAUAAGAAGCCGUGUUUCCACCUUAUCCACUUAUCCACUUCUUUCUUAUAUUCUAACAUUUCCAAUAUCCGAUCCGUAAUAUAAAAUUCUCUCUUCAUUUUAUCGUAAUUCGACAUAUUUUUUUAUCAAAAUCAUCCUUUUCUUUUCGCGAUAAUAUCGAUCGUCCCUGGACAACCCUCAGCCCCUCCCGUUGCCCUCACCCCUGUCAUCCUUUCUUACUUUAAUCCGAAUCCGGCAAAUUCGAAAAAAAAAGUCAAAGCAAAAGCCUUCGAACAUAUAUAUAUAUAUAAAUUUUCUUUUUCUAAUCGUAUUUAUUCAUUGAAAAUAUUGUGACAUAAAAAAAAAGAAAAAUUGAAAUAUUCAAAUAUAGAAUAAUUAAUCGAUAUAAUAAGUUGAUAGGGGUGGGAUAUUUGUAAAGGCAAAUUAAAAGGAAAGAAAUAAAACAAAAGGGAAAAAAACACGAGAAAAAAAUAAAAUGGCGGACAGGAUAUACCAUCCGAGUAGAGAAUUGGCGCAAAAUGCUUAUUGUUCGAGUAUGGCAGAAUACAAGCAGUUGCAUUCCGACUCUUUAAAAAAUCCCGUCAAAUUUUGGAGCGAGAUAGCUAAUAAAUUUUAUUGGGAAACACCAGCGAGAGAUGAGAAAUUUUGUUCUUACAAUUUCGACCUGUCCAAGGGAGAAAUAUUUAUUAAAUGGAUGGAGGGGGCUAAAACUAAUAUCAGUUUUAAUCUACUCGACAGAAACGUUAACAAUGGAAAGGGCAACGAGAUAGCAUUUUAUUGGUCUGGAUCCUGGAAUUCCGAACGCGAUUGUUGCUGGCACGUAGAAAUGGAGAAAGUUGAAAGUAAAUGUGAACCAGUGUGGUUGGACGCCGAAGAUCCACUUUUCAUUCUUUAUACUAGCGGUUCUACUGGAAAACCAAAAGGUGUUCUUCAUACUACGGCUGGUUAUUUGAUUUAUGCAGCAACAACGUUCAAAUAUGUUUUCGAUUAUCAUCCUGGUGAUAUUUAUUGGUGUACCGCAGAUAUCGGUUGGAUCACUGGUCACACUUAUGUCGUUUAUGGUCCAUUAGUUAAUGGUGCAACCUCAGUUCUGUUCGAAGGUACACCAUUCUAUCCAGAAAAUGAUCGAUAUUGGGCUAUCGUAGACAAGUACAAGGUCACUCAAUUUUAUACGUCUCCAACUGCUAUCAGAUCGCUCAUAAAGUUUGGUGACGAAUAUGUCAAGAAACAUAAUCUAUCUACUUUAAAGAUUCUCGGUUCUGUGGGUGAACCGAUAAAUUCAGAAGCAUGGUUAUGGUUGUACAACUUGGUGGGUCAUGGAAAGUGCAGUAUCGUCGAUACAUUCUGGCAAACGGAAACUGGCGGUCACGUUGUCACACCGCUACCAGGUGCGACCCCAAUGAAACCAGGAUCAGCGGCCUUUCCCUUCUUCGGAGUGUUACCAGAACUAUUGGAUGAGGAUGGUCAUGUGAUUGAAGGUGAAGGUGAAGGAUAUCUCGUAUUUCGACAACCCUGGCCAGGAAUGAUGAGAUCUUUAUUUGGAAAUCACCAACGUUUCCAAAAUACCUACUUUGGCAGAUUUAACGGAUAUUAUUGCACGGGUGACGGCGCCAGACGAGACGCAGACGGUUAUUUAUGGAUAACUGGCCGUAUUGAUGAUAUGUUGAAUGUUUCUGGACAUUUGAUGUCUACGGCAGAAGUAGAAAGCGUUUUGGCUGGUCAUUCUUCGGUUUCUGAGGCAGCUGUAGUUAGCAAAUCUCAUCCUGUUAAAGGACAAUGUCUUUAUUGUUUUAUUACACCCAAUGAUGGCGUCAAAUUUGAAAAGAAAUUGCAAGACGAACUCAAACAAAGAGUGAGAGAAAAGAUUGGACCAUUCGCCCAACCAGACGUUAUUCAGCAUGCACCUGGUUUACCAAAAACGAGAUCAGGUAAAAUUAUGAGGCGUAUAUUGAGGAAGAUCGCGGCUGGUGACAGAAAUGUCGGUGACGUUUCAACUUUAGUUGAUGAGGCCAUCAUUGAUCUUCUUUUCCAACUAAGGCCACAAGCUUAAACGAACAAAAAAUUCUAUAAUAUAUAUAUAUAUAUAUAUUAUAGACAUUGUCUUCGUUACCACGAUUGAAAAUUAGCCAACGAACGAACAAACAAAAAAGCUUGUUAAAAAUAUUUAUAAAAAAUACUUUG